CAAAGGUUCCUUGAUGAGAAUGUUCUCUUCUGACAAGUGGAGGAAGAGCGGCUUUGCUAAGCUUCGGGAAGGGAAAAGAGUUCAAGCGAUAGUACUUGAUGGCAGAUUUUGGCAAGAUGUGUCAAUUUGCCUUAGAGCUUCUCAACCUCUAGUCAAGGUUCUACGCUUGGUUGAUUCUGAUGAAAAACCAGCAAUGCCUUUCUUAUACUUUGAGAUGAUCCAAGCAAAGGAGAAGAUUAAGAGCAACUUCAACAAUGUGGAAAAAAGAUAUAAACCUAUCUUGAAGAUAAUUGACAAAAGGUGGGAAGAUCAAAUGAGUAGGCCCUUUCACUAUGCUGCAUAUUGGUUGAAUCCCCAAAUUCACCAUUCUCAUGGUAUGGGAUUUAACUAUAAUGAUCCAAAGGUGAAAGUAGCUUUGUAUGAAUGUGUGAGUAGAGUUGCAAAGGAUGAUGAAGAGAAGUUUAGGAUUAUGGAACAGUUGCAU